AUGUCAAGCAUAAUCAUUGAAUUCCCAUUUGUUUGGUCAGAGGGACACCCGAAAGAAGUCACCGUAACCGGGCCUUUUGACGAUUGGAAAGGAUCCAUCCAUAUGAUUAAAGAUGAAUUGACAGGAUCCUUUAGUGCAGAAUUCCCUAUAGAGAUUGAUGGGAGGGAUGGCACAUUUAUUUUUAAAUUUAUCGUUGAUGGUCAUUGGCUCAUUAAUCCAGUCUAUAAGUCAAUAUAUGAUGAUAAUGGAAACCAAAAUAAUUAUAUUAGUAUUGAAGAUGUAGAGAAUUAUAUUCAAAAUGAGGACCCAGCAGUUGAAGUAGACGUAAUUGGGCCAAAUGAAGAGGAGGAAUUGAAAAUCAUUGGAAGGAAAAUGGAUAGACUAAAUGAUGAUGUUCAAGUGGUGGAAGAAACGAUCAUCUCCGCAGAUAAAGUGACUGGUGGUAGUAACUUCAAUAUUAGUGGACAAGAUGAAUCACAAAAAGUGUUGGAAGAGGAGGUUGGUAAGCAAGAAAAAGUACAGAAUGAAAUUUCAGUAGAAAAUGCUGAAAUAGUGAACGAGAUAGAAGAUAUUGAACCGACUACCAUUAAUGAGCUUGCUAUAAAGCCUUUGGAUAAACCGGAUCUUAAGAAUGAUGUUAUUCAAGAAAGUGACGGUAAAGAUACGUUAACCCCAAAAGAAAUUCCUGUUUUAUCACAAAAAUCUCAGGAAAAGACUGAAAAGGCAGAUUCGAAAGCACCCGGUAGAAAAAAGUUUAAGGUAAGAAAGACGUUCAGAAAAAACAGGAUAACAGGAGAGAGAGUAGUUGUUUCGCAAGAAAUAAUUGAGAUAAAAGAUGAUGAAGAUCUAACUGAUGAUGGUUCUUUGAUCGAGGAAAUUCCUCAUCAUUCCAAAGAGGCAUCUCCUUACCUACAGCCUCCUGUGAACAAUAUCGAUGAUGUGACUGAGGAUGUGAAGAAAGCAGAAGUAAAGGAACCGGUCCCUCAAAUCAAAGAAGGGGCAGAAAGGGAAUUAAAAAACAACGAUAAACCCAUAAUAGGAAAUGACGAUAUUGCCAUUGCAUCUCAAGAAGCGGUAGAGAAUGAUAAUACGUCAGAGAUUUCUCCAGCCGAAGGAUUGGACGAGAAGAAAGAUGGCUCGCAUAAAACCAAAAACACUGAAACCGAUGAAAAACAGCCUACCAAAAGAACUUCAAUUUCUGAAAAGCCUGAAGCUAAGGACAUCGCGUUCAAACCAGUAAAGGAUACGAAGACGAAAUCAUCAAAAAAGUUAUCUAUAUCGAAUGCUGUCAAUAAACCAAUUGAUAAGGUGCAUUCCUCUUCUCAGACCAAUAGCAAAACUACCAAAAAAGGUAUGUUUGGGAAACUUAAAAAAAUAAUUCCUUGA